AUGUUAAUAGACCACUCACAAUCUCUUGAUGAUUCGAUAGCUAGACGUCUUUUCAACUAUAGACCGUCAAUGAGCGAUGUCACAAACACAACGUUUAACAAGACAGAGAGUAUGAUGGAGCUUUUAAAAUGCAAUUCCUCGACCCUUAUUGGUUCAUGGUCACUCCAAGAACUUUCCAAAUUUGGAAAUGCUUGUGAUUACCAUGAAAAGCCAUUCACCUUACGUAUUGUUUUUCCUACAGAUCAGUUUGUGAUUGUGUGUUCUAAUCCUUCUAUCUUUGUUCAGACUUUUUACAGGUUGAAUAUUGCACAUGAGAUUUCUUUAGAUUUGGACCUCCGUCUUACCAUGCCCAUAGAUUAUUGUAUUCCAAGAAGAAGAAAUAGAGGUCGGAGAUCUACCGUAGAGUCCGCUGUGACCGUGGCUUUACCUGAGUUCGAGGAGGAUGAAGAGGCAAUUGGGUCAACAGAAACGGAGGAACUUAUUUCUAUAUCGUCAGAUUCUGGUUUAGGUCCUGCCUCUUCUCCAACCUCUUCUGAAUCGAUAUUCUCCACAGUUGAAAGAAUGGGUACUGGCGGCACUACCUUAGCCAGAGAAGGUCAAUAUGAAAAAGCUGCCGCGUCUCCAGAACUAGGUGUAAGCUUGUAUCAGGAGCUGGUCUUCUCGAUUAAAUGCAUCAAGAAUUGCCGCAACAGAACGGUCGCUUUUCUCUAG